UGAAAACAUUUCAUAAAAUAACAAAACACGCUUGUUGACAUAGUUAAGCAAUUUAUUAAUCCAAGAUGUCAGAGACAAGCUCGAAGGAGAAUGUUAAGACCGCUAUGACAUAUAUUUGUGGCGAGUGUCAUCAUGAAAACGAGAUGCGCCCAAGAGAUCCCAUCCGUUGCCGCGAGUGCGGCUACCGCAUCAUGUACAAGAAGCGCACAAAGCGUCUUGUUGUCUUCGACGCGCGUUAGGAUCCGCUUGGAAAAUAGUUGGCAACAGUGAAUACUAUUUUAGAAUUAGGACCUGUAACUGUAAUAUUUUAAAAUAUAAGACAAUUGUCCAAACUAAAAGAUUUCUUAUCAUUUCA